AUGGAUUAAAAAUCAUCUGCUUUUCAUAUAUACAAACAAACUUUGAUCAGACGUAACUCAGUGUCCAUUUCUUCGGUGUAUUCUUAUGAUCUUAAAGAUAAAAUUGGACAAGGAGCUUACGGAAGUGUUUUCAAGGCAAUUCAUAAGGUUUCCAAAUAAAUACGAGCUGUGAAGGUGAUCAAUAAACUGAACAUUAAAUACAAAGAGAGGUUACUAAGUGAGAUAACAAUUAUGGAGCUAUUAGAUCAUCCCAAUAUACUGAGAGUAUUUGAAACAUUUGAGGAUAACGAGAAUUUAUAUAUGGUUUUAGAAAUCUGUUAAGGUGGUGAUGUUUAUGUGAGUAAGGUUUUGGAAAAAGGUAACCUAUCAAUUGAUGACGCUUUUAAAGUGUAUAUUCAAUACAUGAGAGCUGUCAAUUAUUAUCAAGGAUUCAAAAUAGUUCACAGGGAUUUGAAACCUGAGAACUUUUUAUUUUAAAAAAAGGAUGACUUGAACACCUUAAUUGUUAUCGAUUUUGGAAUUGCCAAAAGAGGAGUCGAUAAAUUAAAAACUAAAAGCGGCACAGCAUACUAUGUUGCUCCAGAAGUAUUAGAAGGUUCUUAUGAUUCGAAAUGUGAUAUUUGGUCUUCUGGUGUCAUUUUAUAUGUUAUUUUAUGUGGGUAUCCUCCAUUUUAUGGAGAAAACGAAAAGGAAAUAUUAACAGAAAUCAGAAAUGCCCAAUUAUAAUUCGAAGGUGAUGAAUGGUAAUAAAUACCAUAAGAAAUUAAAGAUUUUAUAAAGGUUUAGAUAUGUCCUGCAGCUUAAAGAUCUUCACCAAAAGAUUUGUUAGCAAACAAAUUGGUCGAAAAAUUCAAUCAGAAAUUUUAGGUAGAUUAAAAGUUGAUUUCCAUGUUGACGAUAACUCAAUGGGUAAAGUUUCACGCUUUGAAAAGAUUGGGUUUAUAUUAUUUGGCAACCUAAAUCAACUCAUCAGAUCUUAAAUAAUAGAAAAUGGCCUUUUUCCUUAUCAAUACGUCUCAAUCUGGGUUGAUUACAUAAGCAGAAUUAGCAUCAUAUUUAAAAGUGAACAAAUAGGAUAUUCAAAAAGUUUGGCCUUAUUUAGAUUGCAAUAAUAACGGUUAUUUAGAUUACUUUGAGUUUAUUGCAAUUACUUUAACCCCACAAGAGUAUAUUAAUCAUUUGCAAUUAAUUUUUGAUUUUCUAAGUCAACAGGAGAAAUAAAUCACACAAAAAACUAUAAAAUCUAUAUUUGAUUAGAAUUCUAAUUUGGACUAGAAAUGGACGUCGAUUUCUGAUACAAAAUCUAAUCAUCAUCAAAAUACCCAUGAUCAUUAAGUUAAUGUUAAGAACAUCAUAGAAAAAGACAUCAAUUUUGCAGACUUCAAAGCCAUAAUGGGAUGA